AAUCAAAACGCGUUUUAUGUGGAUGCGCUGAGCGGAGCGGCAUAGUGUAUGCAAAUCUGCUAAGUGAUCUAGAUAUGGUUUAAGCAUUUGGUAAAAGUUUAUUUCAUUUUUAAAAACAAAAUUCGACAAAUUUUGUAAUAGUUUAGUGUCGUUAUCUUCCACCCAAGCAAACCCUGUAACAAGGUUUUGUCCCUAAGGAAAGAUGCCCCUGCCGCCAGCCUUGCUAGCUCGCCUGGCCAAGAGAGGCAUCCUGAAGCACUCGGAACACGAGGCGGAAGAGGAGAUCAUCGCUGAAGAUUAUGAUGACAACAACGUGGACUACGAGGCCACCAGAGUUGAGAAUUUACCAAUGAACUGGUACAAAGUAUUUGAUCCUGCUUGUGGCCUGCCUUAUUACUGGAAUGUGGAUUCCGACCUGGUGUCCUGGCUCUCCCCAAAUGACCCCAGUUCUGUCAUCACCAAGGCUGCCAAGAGGCUGAGAACUGAGAUGGGAGAGGAACGAGGGGAGAGGCAAUUUGAGAAGCCAGACAGAGAACGAGAAAGGGAGGAAAUCAGGGAAAAGAGGCUACAGCGCAGGGAAGACAGUGCCCCCUACAGCAAGAACAAGAGAGGUCGAGAGAGGGAAGAGAUGGACCCAAUGGACCCAAGCGCCUACUCUGACGCCCCCAGGGGAACCUGGUCCACUGGGCUGCCCAAGAGAAAUGAGGCCAAAACAGGCGCCGACACCACAGCAGCUGGACCCCUGUUUCAACAAAGGCCGUACCCGAGCCCCGGGGCUGUCCUCAGGGCCAACGCAGAGCUCACCAAGGCCAAAGAGUGAAGGGGAAGACGCAGACUGCAAACCAUGCAGAGCGCUCGCACGCCACUGGAUUUACUGCUGUGAUGGCGUCAGUCACGGAAGGAAUGGCCCAGUGGGGUGGGUGGGGGGGACGACUUUGGGCUAUGGGGUUUAUGUACGUUUGUGUUGGCAUGUUUUAGGAUUAAUCUUGACUGCAGAAGUUAAAAUUUUCAUGUAAAUAAACGAUCCAGACAAAGAG